GGUGUCACCGUGUUAUGGUUCCCCCUCUCUACACGUUCACGUGAAGCGCAAUUUCUGUUUUUUGUCAGACGUUGUUGAACAAAAAUGCAUCUGACACAAAAGCUGGAGCUGUUUCCCGACCACAGUGUGACUCAAAUACUUUUUAAGGAUGUCAAAAAUGCCGCAGAGUUAAGGCAAAGUGCUGUGGAGGGCAAAAUAAAUGGUGCCUUGAUAAACCCGACAAUGCUGGUGGGUCCUUUCCAAGUGCUAGUAGCUGCUAAUAAGGCUGUGCACUUACAGAAAACUGGAAAAAUGAAAACAAGAAGUCUAUACUCAGAGAUCAUUUUUAACCUUUCACCAAACAAUAAUAUCUCAGAGGCCUUUAAAAGGUUUGGGAUCUCAGAUGGAGAUGACUCUGUUAUGGUGGUUCUUGUUCACAACCAAGAUGAAUCGCAACUUCUAUCAGAUGUCACAAACAAAGUGAAUGGGCGGCAGGUCCCAGUGGAAGAUGUGUCAUCGCUGUCAGAUGCUGCAAAGAUCAAAAAGCUCUAUAAAGUCACCCCACAGGAGGAGGUGUGUGGGACUUUGCUUGAUGCGGUUGUAUGCAGAAUGGCCACCAAGGAUGUCAUGUAGCUACAACAUUGAAUGAAACCUGUUUUUUUUUUUUUUUUGUCUUGCUGAAAUUUGAUGGAAGAAAUGCUUUUGUGUUGUUGACCUGAGGCCAAAUACAUUCUAUUUUUCAAGAAGUCUUUCAUGCACUUGUCGUCAUUCAAGUUUUAUGUCAUUUAUUAUAUGUCCAGUUGGUGAGUUCCAAAAAGUUUGAGUCAGUUUUCAAAGUUACUGUACAAUGUUUGAUGCUUUUGAUCACUUUGAAUGACUGUUGACAACAAUUUAAAGCAGCAUUGAUGAAUAAUGAAUUACAAAGUGCUCAAGGCCAAAUAUAAUCCAACUCUCAAGAGGACUGAACAAAUGCAUCUGUAGCCACAGCACCGACAUGAAAGAGUCAGAGUCAAAUCAAAUUUCAUUCAAAAUCUGACAGCCUAAGAGGACAAGAAUGUAAAAUAUACCGGUUGUCUAAAGGAAUUGCAUCCUAGUUUUGAUUGAAAUGUAUCUAACCUGUUUUUUGUCUGAAUGUAAAGGAUGAUAAACUUGUCUCACAACAGGAAAUGUUAUCGCUCCAACAGGGAUUUUUACGUUUCCUGAAAAUGGUGCACUUCUUCUGUUACUCCUUUUUUCUUCUGAACAUAACUAUAUUAACCUAAUUACAGCUAAAUGAGAUCAAGGUGAUGCAGUUAGACAGAUCUGCUUGAGAUUGUAGUACUUUAAAUGAUCGUUAGAAGAGUUUGGUCACAGGAAAUGAGAAAAUCAUGCUUCAGAAAUAAACAUUUGAUCAUGAUUGAUCUACAU